GACAGCGUGCCAGACUUCAAUUUCAUCCGGCUAUAUUGGCGUCACAUGCUUGAGGCAGUUCAAGCAGUGCAUGACCAGCAUAUUGUUCAUUCAGAUCUGAAGCCAGCCAACUUUCUGCUCGUUGAAGGAGCCCUCAAAUUGAUUGACUUUGGUAUUGCAAAGACCAUUGGCAACGACACGACCAACAUUCACAGGGAUCAACAAAUUGGCACAGUCAAUUACAUGUCGCCGGAAGCAUUGUCCGACACAGGCGGCAAUGGAGCACGGCUCAUGAAGCUUGGACGCGCAAGUGAUGUCUGGAGUCUGGGCUGCAUUCUCUACCAGAUGGUCUAUGGCCGUACGCCUUUUGCUCACUUGACAAUGAUUCAAAAGAUUCAAGCGAUCCCCAACGCUGCUCAUCGUAUCGAUUUUCCAACAAGGGCUUACCCGCCUGCCAUGGCAAGCAGUGACGCCAAGGACGAAUCCUUUGCCAGGACAGUUGACGGCGAUCUGCUGCGCGUCAUGCGAGGUUGCUUGGAGCGAGACGCUAAGCAGAGACUCACAAUCACAGAACUCCUCAAGGACUCAUUUCUGCGGCCAGAAGACAAGGUGGCUCGUCCAUUGCGGGCCGACCAAGUCAAUGUUGGUCUGGCAGAGCUGACUGAGCUGCUGAGACUGACUGUGGCCCAGACGCGCGAGAAGACCUUGUCGAGAGUGGCGAUAGCGGACAGCGAUAUACAAGUGCUGUCCAGAGACUUUUUUGAUCAUCUCCGCCAUGCGCGGUAG